ACGGUGGAAGAAAAUUUCCCACCCGAUUAUCGGAUACUUUCGUUAAUUGAAAUAAAAAAGUAAUUAGUAUCAUGGGCCGGAAGUAUGGACCGAAAAAUGCGUGGGACGAAACGCCAGUAUACCAUUAUGACGAAUAGCGAUUCUGCAUGAAAGAUGAGCCUGUGCCGCCAACUUCGAGAAUUUUGACAUCGAAUGCUGGAAAUUUUUAUCCAAACUCUAACGUUCAUUCUGAAAACUAAAAACGCAGUCCCUCCGCCGCGCGCAUUUUAUAUUCUCUUGUACAUAGUUAAAAGGACGGAAGGUUGAAAAAAGUCCAACGCAGUAACGUAAAUAGGUAUGGCAGCCAUGGCUCGUCACAUGGGCCUCGUAUGAAUCGGGGCGCAAAAAAGGUGAAAUAUUGUAAUCGUAAAAUGUUCAAUAAAAUAAUUUCCAGUAGGAAAUAAAUAACUCGUAUUUUAAUCAAAUAAUAACGUACAAAUAUCUCAAUUCACCAACAGUCGUUACAAAUUGUGAGUCAACGAUCAAAGGGGCGCAUUUGUAAUAGAUACGCACAUAUAUACGCCACUGGUUCACCGCCUAAUUUUCUGCUAAUUAAAAUUAUUUUCGAUUUUUUUUUCAACAUUAUUACUUUUAUAGUAAAGUUUAGUAUAUCAAUCUUACAAUUGAUAAAAAUGAUCCGGCUCAUCUUUCAAAUCUGCGCAUGUAUCUGUUUAAUUCAAAUUGUAUUUGCUAAAGACCUGAAUUGCCGCAUUAAAGUCGGUUGCAAUGCGAGCCAUUGUGAAUCAGUACCAGACUCUUCUGGACAGCAAGGAUUCAGCUCGGUUGAAUUUACAAAGAGGGACGAAUUUCCCAUGGUAUGCGAAGACACAACAGGGUCUGAUGCUUACUUCAGAUUGCUUGAUUCUCUCUCUGAUGAUCGAGAUAAAAAAUUUGAAAAAGAAGCUGAACAGAUGCAUUUGCGAAUGGCGCGGAUGGAAAGAGAUAUUGUAAGGCUACGGAAGGUGGCACUAGAAAUAACAGCAGCUUUUACGGAGAUGAACCAGGUCACAGAAAGAUUUUGUAAAGAUGAAUACGAUGGGUUUGGAUACGGCGGAGUCUGCUUCUGGGUUGAAAUUCAUUCAGAUUUCGAUACAAAUCUCAGUAAAGCCGCAAGCAUUUGCAAUACAAAAGACUCAAGUUUGGCAAAUAUUUAUAGUGAAAAGCAUUAUAAUAAAGUUACUGAUUACGUGAGAAGUAAAAUUCCGAAGAAUCAGUCGAGAUCUUAUGUCAUUUUGUGGACAGGAAUGAAACGAGAUUACAAGACAAACGACGCACUUUUGUCAACUGGGCAUGUAGCGAAUUAUAAAAAACUCAUACCUAGUCCAUCUUUGUGGUUAACAGGAUCAAAUAGUCGGUCAAAAGUUCAUCUGAAAGUAGAUCGAAAUCCCGAAUCUGAUGAUCAAGGUUUUGGAGCAAUAUGGGAAAGCUGGACGUAUCACGGGGCAUUGUGUCAGUCCUAUUAACAGUCGAGCAAUGCAAUCAUACUAAAUCCUCUAUUUUGAUCCUCAUAUUAAAUGGGAUUUUGAGUUUGUAAAUCUUGUGUGGCAUUUGUUUUGGCAAUUAAAUUCUAUUAGAUAUAAUAUUUUAGUACAUAUUCCCGAACGCAGAUAUAAUUUUAUAAUUUUUAUUUGAUAGAUGAAAUCUACAUCACUCUAUUUCACCGCACACUGAUGCUCUCUCGGCAAUAAUUUAAUAAAAGGACAUUUGUUGGAAUUUUAGAAAUGUCCACAUCAAUUUUAGCAACAGGUUCUCAUUUGUAUCGAGCUCUCGAACAGCAGGUUCCAUCACUCCAGGAAAUGCAUGUAGCCUAUUACGUAUGCUACAUUAACAUGGCACGCUUUAUUUAUUUAUAUAUAUAUAUAUAUAUCUGAUACAUUAAUUUCGAAACUGCAAAAUUAGCGCUAGUCUUUAGCUAUAAGUGCACGCCACCCAACUGGUGUGGUCAUCUAGCGUCUAAAACAAAAAUUAUCGUUAGUUAUCACGACACUCCAAAACCAAGUUCGCGUGAACCCGCUUUAUAAGGAAUCGCUUUCUAGGUAACGUUUACAAGAAUAAGCUGAUUUAAGUGGAUAAAAGCGAAUAGAUCAUUAAAUUUCGUGUCAUUCCAUAGGUUUAGGAAUGAACUACACCAGUAUACAAUAAAUCAUAGCAAACCAAUUUCACAGAAGACCUUUCACUCGAUUACUUUGCCCAUUCCACAACAGAUAUUUUUUAAAACUUUUCUACCCAUUCGUUUCACCGAACAUAAAUUAUAUGAAAAAUUCUAGUACUGCAGUUGGGUUAAAUUUUAAAUAUAGCCUACAUGGAAAUGUGAUGUAAUGAUAUUAAUUUCUUUCGCCUUUAUUCUGACUUGAAAAAUAUAAAUUUUAUUUGACUUAGAUCAGGGGUAGCCAACCAGCGGCUCGCGAGCCCCAUGCGGCUCUUGCGCCGGUUUUAUGCGGCCUUUUUCGCCUUGGUUAUUAUUAUUAAAAAAACAAAACUUGCAAAGUACGUUUUUCCAUUGAAUUUACGUUGUUUCGAUUGAACAUAUUAUGGAUCACCGAGCAUUCUUUUUUUACGUAGAAAACACAUGACCGCCUUCAUUGACUUUACGUGUUGGACAUAGUUGUACUAAGAAGCCUGUAUAACAAUAAAUGACUUGUAAAUUUCAGUCAUAUGCAUGUUGGUUUGUGACAUUUACAACAAACUAGCAUUCUAGCAGAACUGAAUAUGGGUAUAUUUGAUGUUCAUGUGUGUUCUUGUUUAUAAUGUGCCUCUUCGCGAUAAUAAAGUACAAAAUGUGG